AGUUUUGACCCGGAAGUGAUUGCGAGAAAAAUAUUUUCAAUGACAAUAGAACAUGUGUUUAUGAACAUUUUAACCGUCUUUUUGCGUAAAUCAUUUACAGAGAAAUGGCUUCUCCGAACCAUAGCCCGGGUGUAGAAGGGGCGGUCAGGGUAACGGCUUCGCCAGCUGGUAAAAUACAGACGUUGGUUUUGGCUUAGCCUGGCCGGCUCCGCGGUAAGAAGAGACCUGCAAACACCGCCACCUCUCCUGCUGUACUCGCCAGUGGGAACAACAGCAAGAAGAAGAAAUUUCAGCCCAUCGCAAACCCGACACAAGCACAGGUGACUGCAGUGGAGGCAGUGUCUGAGGGGAAGGCAGUGGGCGUGUCUGACGCUGUAGGUCCAGCCACAACGGAACCAGCAGCCAAACCCCUGCCCUUCAAAGACCCAAUAUUUGUGCAUUCAGGGAUAGGGGGAGCUGCAGCAGGAAAAAAGAACCGGACCUGGAAAAACCUGAAACAGAUUCUUGCAGUGGAACGGACUCUACCCUGGAAGAUCAAUGACCCCAAUUACUACAGCAUCGAAGCCCCUCCCUCCCUGAAGCCAACCAAGAAAUACUCAGACAUCUCUGGACUCCCUGCGAACUACACUGACCCCCAGACCAAGCUGAGGUUCACGUCAUCUGAGGAGUUCUCCUUCCUGCGCCUGCUCCCCACUGACGCCGUCACCGGUUACCUGGCGCUCCGCAAGGCCACCUGCAUUGUACCCUGACCGCAAGGCCUGCUGGGAGAUGGGAGUUCAGCGUGUGUCUGUCUUGGCCCGGGAGGGACAUUGACCAUUAUGGGGAACAAUGUCUAGGAGGUGUCUGAGACACUCAAGGAGAGGGACCAACAGGGACUGUUACAGAGAGAGGGAUCCAAUGGAUAACUUUGGCCCCCUUUCGACAACAAGGGAAGCGCCUCUAGUGUCGAGAGACUAUCACUCCCAAUCUGGCUGACGUCAUGAUGGGGAUGUCUACACAGACAUUUUGAGCUAGCUACUGUCUACUUAGAUAUUUUGAGCUAGCUACUGUCUACACAGACCUUUUGAGCUAGCUAUUGUCUACACAGACCUUUUGAGCUAGCUACUGUCUACAGACCUUUUGAGUUGGCUACUGUCUACACAUUCUGAGUUGGUUGUCUACAGGAAAAACAAUAGAGUGAAUAACUUGACCUUCCUAUGAUGAUUGCUCCUUGAUCUGUCUGAAAUUAUAUUUGUGUUUGUUGUGUUGCUGUAUGAUGAUAGUGUUGCUACUUGUUUUAUCUGCCCUCUGUAAGAUAACACUCAACAUAUUGUUACCUGUUUUUUAAUGUAUUUAAAAAACAAAAUACUUAUCAUCCUUACUGAACAAACUAGUUGUGCCACAUUCUGUAAUCACCUGCUGUAAUGAGAUUUGACAGCUUUGAAAGAUGACUUUCUCUUUCGGACGCUGUUAUCCUUUUGCUUGGGAGCAAAACUGGGAGAUGAAGUAGAGAAGAGACUUCAUAAUGUGUUUUCCAGGGCUGGGUUAGUUUGAGUUGCUGGCUAACUGUAGAGAGCAACAGUACAAUGGCUGCUGCAUGACAACAGGUGCUACUGGUCUCAGAGUCACAAACCAGCUGGGCCAAAAUAUGUCAGGCCCCAGCGAGAAUUGAACUCGCGACCCCUGGUUUACAAGACCAGUGCUCUAACCACUGAGCUAUGGAGCCUUACCUGUAUAGCAAUGCAGAGAAUAUGCUAUUUAAAUACCACACCCAUACUGGCUACAGUGCAUAUGCCACACCUCAGUAAUAUGUCAGACUCCUUAUAUAAAUACAAGUAACGAUAGCUGCCGGUAUGAUCCCACAAAGCCUUCCGAACCGCCAUUGUAAAUUAUAUCAAGUGAGUACCACAUUGAGAUAUACUAAGACCCAAGACAAGGUUGAGGCUUAUCAAUGACAGUUGGGCAGAAAGAUUACUCCGAGCUACCCAGAGAGACAAGAUUAUGCUGGAUCUCGGCUUGUGUCUUUCUGUUAUCGUUCAGUCUAGUUUGAACUGUGUUUGACCAUUCAGACAGCUUUGUUUAUGAAAUUCUUGACUGGGCCAGGAAAAACAAACAAGAUUUCAAAGAGUUGAUCAAAAAGCUAAUGGAAGAAGACUGGAUUUAUCCUGCCUUCUAAAAUAGAGAAAUACAGUAGGUGAUGUGACAGUGCCUCCUGGUGGUAUAAAGUGUUUAAAACAAGAUUAUAAACUGUGGUUCAAGUCCUGAAUGCUGAUUGGCUGACAGCCGUGGUAUAUCAGACUAUAUACCACUGGUAUGAUACCAUGUAUUUUUACUGCUUGAGUUACGUUGGUAACCAGUUUAUAAUAGCAAUAUGUCACCUUGGUGGUUGUGGUAUAUGGCCAAUAUCCCACGGCUCAGGGCUGUAUCCAGGCACUCCUCUUUGCGCAUAAGAACAGCUCUUGCCGUGGUAUAUUGGCCAUAUGCUACACCCCUUUGUGCCUUAUUGCUUAAACAUAGUGCCAGAGUCCUCUAUAAACGUUGCUACGCACAGAAGGCGUACGUCACUUUAAGCAAACUUUGAUUUAUAAAAAUAAAAAAACUUGACGGGAGAAUGUGCGGUCCUCCAUGGAUACUUUGGCCCACAUGUACACACACAAACUCGAGAAAUGAGAAACUACGACUCCGAGGGCAGAAGGAUGGAAACUCAAGAAACGC